AUGCGGCUCGGGUUCCUCGGCCUCGGCGUCAUGGGAACGCCCAUGGCCCUCAACCUAGCACGGGCGUUUCGUCUUAUUGUCUGGAACAGGAGCUCGUCGAAAUACCCGCUCCUAAAGCAGGCCGGUGCUCAAAUCGCCCAAUCGCCGUCUGAAGUCACAGCAACGUCUAAUGUCAUAUUCACGAUGCUGUUCGACGAGAACGCGAUCCGGGCGACCAUCACCGACGAUGUUAAACAGGCGCUCGGGGGCAAAGUGCUGGUCAACUGCGGCUCGGUAUCAGUCGACUUCAACCAGUUCUUAGCCGAGCAAGUCCGCCAAGCCGGCGGUGACUUUGUCGAGAUGCCUGUGAGCGGCAGCAAGAUACCCGCUGAACAGGGGAACCUCGUCGGUAUGAUGGCAGGUGAUCGGGCCGCCACCGAGCGAAUUAGGCCCUUCAUCGAGCCGAUGACGAAGGCCGCGAUCUACUGCGGCCCGGUCGGAUGCGGUCUCAAGAUGAAAUACGCCGUAAACUCCUUCCUCAUCAGCAUGACUGCCGGACUCGCCGAGGCAACGAACCUUGCCCAAGCACAGGGGCUAGAUCUCGAGUCGUUUGGGCAGGUGCUCGAGGCCGGCCCCAUGGCGUCGGCCUAUUCCAAACUAAAGGUCACCAAAAUGCUAAAUCAAGACUGGGCGGCGCAAGCGACCCUGAAGGACUGCUACAACAUCACCAAGCUGGUACGCGCGGCUGCAGAGGAAGCGAACACUCGCGCGCCAAUCAUGCAGCUGUGUAAUGCCCUGUAUGCAGAGGCGAACGAUUCAGGGCUCGGAGAAGAGGACAUGAUUGCUGUGAUGAAGUUGUUUCAGCCUCGACAGCAUGACAACGAGUGA